AUGCGCCAGACUCUCAGGCGGUCCUGUGCAGCGUGCGCCAAAUCAAAGGCUAAAUGCGAUCUCGGUUCUCCUCAAUGCUCUCGGUGCAUUAAACGACACAUUCAAUGUGCCUACGCAAACGAGCCAUUGACCGCGACUUUGACCAGUGCAGAGCGGAAGGCUGGUCAACCAUCAACACAUCUUCAAAGUCUCAGCAUAGGUCGAUUCGGAUCCUUAGAUCCAUUUGAUUCGUAUCCGCCAACAAGACUGCCUCGGGAACACGUCCAACGACUAAUUCAUACUUUUCUUACCAAAAUCGCUUUCCAGUACUACCCUCUAGACUUGAACACGACGCCUAAUCCAUUCCUCGUCUCCUGGUGGCCACUGGCCUUAGGCGAUCCUGCGUUGUUCCACGUUUCGCUUCAAACAGCAUGUCUCGACGAAGAGCUAUUAGCCCAGAAGGGGUUUCAAACAUCCGAAGCUCUCAUGGCUGACUCUGUGGCUCUACUACGACGUAAGCUUAGUCAUCAGACCUUAGCAGUACAGGACGGGACUAUGAAUUCUGUCAUCACUUUGGCAGCCAUCGAAUUUGGAAAGGGUAAUGUUGUGGUUAGCCAGAUGCAUGUUGAAGGCGUAAAGAGAAUGGUGAACACAAGAGGUGGUAUCAAUGGCGUAAGGCAAACAAGUCCACUUACCGCCAGGAUGGUCAGCUGGGUAUCAAUGCUCAUCACAGGUCAUCCUCAGUUUGAGACUCAAAAUGAUUUCGGGGCCGGAAAUGGCAUACCAUCCAUUCCGGAGUGGCAUCUGGAUCUGGGUACCUACCAUGAAUACCCUACAGCGCUCGAUGGUCUUCUCGUCGACGAAUCAGUCAGGAACGUCUUUAUCCGCCUCUAUAAAGUCUUCGAAAGAGCCCAAAGAACCCCCAUAUCAACCACACAACUUCAUGAUCUCACAUGCUACGUUAUACACCGACUUCUGCCCACAACUUCGGACCUGGAGAGCGUUUCGUCAUCGUCACCCACUGAGUGUAUGCGCUACGCCGUUGUAUUGUACAUGUUCAUCACUCACGGGACGACGUACUAUCCGCACACGUUUGUCCUAAAUCGGACCCUCGUGCAGUUCAAGAUCCAGCUUGAGAAAUCAGAGUCGUCACCCUGGCUGUACGACUCGUUUGGUAUCUGGCUUCUUGCGAUUGGCAUGGUGGCCUCAACUGGCACACUCCGUUAUCAGUGGUUUCUUGAGAGAGCAAGAACCAUCGCUACCUCUUUGCAGCUGCGGAGUUGGGAUGAGGUCUUUGUUCACAUUAAAGGCAUACUGUGGUUAGAGACGCUGCAAGGUGAACAGAGCUUUCGACCUCACUGGGAUAUCUUGUUUAGAACUACAAGUCUACCUUGUCUUCCAGAAUGUGUCGUCGACUUCUCAUGGCGGCAUAGAACGCCCUAG